CACCUUUAUGCAGCAGGAUAUCCGAUUUAUCAGCUGGGAUUUCCCCAGAAUUCUGGGGCAGGCUGAGCUUUCCUAGUAUGGCUGCCUGUCAGUGCUAUGGGAACCGCAUCCGACUUCCAUUCACGUAACGCCUCCACUUUAUCAGGUGCGGUAUAUUUGCUCUUGUUUCCCUCUGGCGUUUCUGUCGGCGUCCCGAUCGCUACAACCCUGCGGCUACGGUCUCUUCUCGUCUCAUUGUCUUUUUGGGCGUUGUGGGACAGCAGGUAUCCAAUAUGGACGUACUGAACAACCAGGGUAACCUAUGGCUGGUCGGCCUUGCCAUGCUCUCACUCGCUGGGUUCUUCCUGGUUACCGGGAUAUUGCAGGGUAGCGGUCUCUUAGGUUGCCUUCGCAACAACAGAUUCUCUAAACAUGGGUGGCAGCCAUGGGCAGCAGCGACUGAGGAGAAGGAACUCUCUGGACCGUCUUCUGCACCUUAUGUGAACGUCUUCCCACCACAACGUCGUCAUGUCCUCGAUUCGUCCAAGAUUGCAAUUUCAUGCGAAAGUGUCGACAAGGAAGAAGUUGCAAACUACCCACUGCCUAUGACCUCGAACUACCAGACAUGCACGGACAAGAGCUAUACUCCAACAGGAUUUUCGGUGGCAGAGGUGAAGGCACUGGGUGAUUUCCCUGACUAUGCUGAACUCAGUGGUGUGCCCUUGCCGGAGCCGUACUAUGAGUUCGACAUUGACAAGGCGUUGCCACGACCUUAUCGCCCGUUCCGGUGGUCCUACCAUCAGACAAUGUCCCUUACGAAGUUAGAGACCGAUUGGUGGAUCGAACUCGAGAAAACCUACAAAGAGCGAGUCAAACAGCGCAAGGAGUUGUACGCCAAACAUGGUAGCUCCGUGCUUGGUUAUCUUCCUGGCUCUGAACUAGCUUGCAAGGAGCUCAUGGAAAUGGUAUUGCAGUUUAUCUGUGCCCGCUACCCGCAGUACUUUGCCGUCGAAAAAAACCAGAUUCUGCACAAUCGGAUCCUAGGAACGACAGAGGAUAUCAAGUCCAAGCAUCCCCUCGAGAUUCUCAUCAAUAAUGUGCCAGAGGAUUUUGGGAUCAUGAUGCGCGAUGAGAAGACGGGAUCCUACUUCCUCCGCGCAGGCGUCAUCUGUUCGUCUUUGGGAUGGAAUGUUGGAACCAAGAUUGGCCUUCAGCUACAUCAGAUCCACGAGGACAUUCCGGACUACAAAGAGAAGAUGCAAUUUUCAAUGGAUCGAUUUUUUACCAAGAUGCCUGCCGACAAGCCCAUUCAGAGAGGAUCUUGGGGACUCGAGGUCGGCCAGCCUUUGUACAUGCCUAAAGGGGACCCUCACGAGACACUGCGCCUUUCCCAGGACCCGAACCUCCAGCUGGACAACUGUCACUUGCGUGUCGACUGGCAGACUCUCCGUCGUCUCCCUCUUUCCGCUGCCAUUGUUUUCAACUUCAAGGCCCUUUUCACCCCGGUGUCAGAAUUCCAAGACGAGCCAGGCGUGCCUGCAUUGACGGUUAAGAUCCUGAAGGAGGGUAAAAAGAACUUGAUGGAUUACAAAGGCACCUGGCACGUGGAGCACGUUGUAAUCCCGAAGCUCGAACAGUGGGCCAAGGAGCAGGAAGAGAAGGGACUAGUCCCCAAGAAUUGGCAGGUGUCAACCUUGGAUGACAGUCCUUGGUACCAGGGUUGGCAGGAGAAAUGGCAUCGCCAGCAGGGAUUCUAAUCCUUACGUAUGUAAACCAGAUGGGUGGAUGGGAUUUGCAUAUAUGGGAGGCUGUUUCAUUCCUUCUAUUGCCGACUAUGCCAUGCUUUGUGUUUUAAUGGAGGCUAUCUCAGCGCAUUCCAAAAUUGAGCAAUCUACUCAAUAGUAUCCCACGAGGACCAAGUUUGACCAGGCGCGUACAUCCGUAGCCGCAGCAGUAGCCUGUCGCUUCACGUAUCGUUUCACCGAAC